CGGCCCCGCCAGGGCCUGGGAGGCAGCCGGUCGGCGUCCCAGCAGCCCCGGGGCGGCCGGAUGGGAGCGGAGCCCGCGCCGGGCGACACCGAGGAGGCCAGCGACUCGGGCAUCAGCUGCGAGGAGGCCCCGUCGGAGGCGGGCGCGGGCUCGGGGCUGGAGCCCGGGCUGGACCCGGCCAGCCUGCGCAAGGAGCGCAUCGUCAUGCUGUUCCUCGGCCACUGGAAGAAGUCGACCUACACGCCCGCGCUCAAGGCGGCCGCCUUCAGGACCCUGGAGGCCCGGCGCGCGGGGUCGCGGG